AUGUUUGUUUUCUUGCUUUUUCUUCUAUUUGAUACAAGUGCUGUAGCAAACAACCAUCUUCAUCCACUUUCAGAUGAAUUUAUUGACCUCAUCAACUCCAAACAAAAUUUAUGGAAAGCUGGUCGGAAUUACCCAGAGGAUAUUCCAAUAGAGCAUCUAACAGGACUCUUUGGUUCUAUUCUAAAUGAACUUCGAGAAGGCGACGCUGUUAAAGUUCAUGACGCUAAUCUUAUUGCUUCACUGCCUGAAACAUUUGACGCUAGAGAAAAAUGGCACAACUGUCCAUCUUUAAAUGAAAUCCGAGACCAAGGAGGUUGUGGAAGUUGCUGGGCUUUCGGUGCUGUUGAAGCGAUGACUGACAGAUGGUGUAUUCACUCAAACGGCUCGCAAUUCCAUUUUUCUGCUCAGGAUAUGGUGGGUUGUGUCACAAAAGCUAAGGGUUGCCAUGGUGGUGCUCCCAUUGAAGCGUGGAAUUUCUGGAACACUGACGGUGUUGUUUCUGGUGGUAAUUAUAAUUCUAAAGAAGGUUGUAGACCUUACGAAAUUCAAGAAUGCAUUCACGAUAAUUCUCCAAGGGGUAACUGCUCAAAUCAUGGUAAAGUACAUUGCUUUGAUAAAUGUCGAAGUGGUUACAAUGUGCCUUUUGAAAAGGAUAAACGUUUUGGAUUGACUCCUUACCGAGUCAUGGGUGAAGAUCAUAUAAAAGCUGAACUGUAUUUAAAUGGGCCGCUCGAAGCCGGAUUUCUGGCUUGUCCAGAUAUACUUCAUUAUAAAACCGGCGUUUAUAAAUGUGUUAUUGAUCCUCCUGAUAAUCGUUGUAAAGGUCACGCCGUUAAGAUACUUGGAUGGGGAGUUGAAAAUGGUACUAAUUAUUGGUUACUAGCAAACUCAUGGAAUACUAAUUGGGGUGAAUUAGGGGGGUUCUUCAAAUUUAUUCGAGGAGAAAAUCAUAUGAGAAUUGAAAAUGAAGUUGUUGGCGGAAUGCCAAAUUAUGAAAAGUAG